AGCAGAAGAGCCCGAGACUCCAGCACAGUGAGAGAGAGGAAUGGACGCCCCAGCACCCGUUGAGAAGAGAGGGCCGCCAAAGUUCAAGCAGAGGACCACUCGCACCUUCAAGAGCAAGGCUCCUAAACCUGGCCAGAAAGGCUUCGGAGACGACAUCCCCGGGAUGGAGGGUCUCGGCACAGACAUCACUGUGGUUUGCCCCUGGGAAGCUUUCGGUGACAUGGAGCUCAGCGAUCUGGCGAAAUACGGCAUUUUGUAGAAAACUUUCCUCCUGA